AUGUACCGGCUUCUGUCAGCAGUGACGGCCAGGGCCGCGACCACCGGGGGCUGCGCCUGGGGCUGUGGGCGGCGUGCGGUUCAUCAGCGCGCCGGGCUGCCGCCACUCGGCCCCGGGUGGGUCGGGGGCCUCGGGCUGGGGCUGGGGCUGGCACUUGGGGUGAAACUGGCCGGCGGGCUGAGGGGCGCAUCCCCCGCGCCACCUGCCGCGGCCCCAGACCCCGAGGCGCCGCCUCAGGCCGAGCCGCUGCAGCCGCAGGAACAGCCCCUCGCCCCGUGGUCUCCGCAGACCCCGGCGCCGCCGCACGCCAGGCACUUCGCCAGAGCCAUCGACAGCAGCCGCGACCUCCUGCACAGGAUCAAGGAUGAGGUGGGCGCACCGGGCAUCGUAGUUGGAGUCUCUGUAGAUGGAAAAGAAGUCUGGUCAGAAGGUUUAGGUUAUGCUGAUGUUGAGAACCGUGUACCAUGCAAGCCAGAGACAGUUAUGAGAAUUGCCAGUAUCAGCAAAAGCCUCACCAUGGUUGCUAUUGCCAAACUGUGGGAAGCAGGGAAAUUGGAUCUUGAUAUUCCAGUUCAACAUUAUGUUCCUGAAUUCCCAGAAAAAGAAUAUGAAGGUGAAAAGGUGUCUGUUACAACAAGAUUAUUGAUUUCCCACUUAAGUGGAAUUCGUCAUUAUGAAAAGGACAUGAAAAAGGUGAAAGAAGAGAAAGCUUAUAAAGCCUUAAAGAUGAUGAAAGAGAUGAUGGAAUCUGACCAAGAAAAAGAGUUAAAAGAAAAAGGAGGCAAAAGCAAUGAAAAGAAUGACUUUGCUAAAGCUAAGGUAGAGCAAGAUAGUGAAACCAAAGGCCGAAAUUCAAAACCUUGCAAGAAAAAGAAUGAUUUUGAACAAGGUGAAUUAUAUUUGAAAGAAAAAUUUGAAAAUUCAAUUGAAUCUCUAAGAUUAUUUAAAAAUGACCCUUUGUUCUUCAAACCUGGUGAUCAGUUUUUGUAUUCAACUUUUGGCUAUACCCUACUGGCAGCCAUAGUAGAAAGAGCUUCAGGAUAUAAAUAUUUGGACUAUAUGCAGAAAAUAUUCCAUGACUUGGAUAUGCUGACAACUGUGCAGGAGGAAAAUGAGCCAGUGAUUUACAAUAGAGCAAGAUUUUAUGUUUACAAUAAAAAGAAACGCCUUGUCAACACACCUUACGUGGAUAACUCCUAUAAAUGGGCUGGUGGUGGAUUUCUGUCUACAGUGGGUGACCUUCUGAAAUUUGGGAAUGCGAUGCUGUAUGGUUACCAAGUCGGGCUGUUUAAGAACUCAAAUGAAAAUCUUUUACCUGGAUAUCUUAAACCAGAAACAAUGCUUAUGAUUUGGACACCAGUCCCUAAUACAGAGAUGUCUUGGGAUAAAGAGGGUAAAUACGCGAUGGCAUGGGGCGUGGUGGAAAAGAAGCAGACAUAUGGCUCUUGCAGGAAGCAGCGGCACUACGCCUCCCACACCGGGGGCGCAGUGGGUGCAAGUAGUGUCCUGCUGGUCCUUCCCGAAGAACUGGAUGCAGACGCUCUAAAUAACAAGGUCCCCCCAAGAGGAAUAGUUGUUUCUAUCAUAUGUAACAUGCAGUCUGUUGGCCUCAACAGCACUGCUUUAAAGAUUGCUCUGGAAUUUGAUAAAGACAGAUCAGAUGUACCUUAA